UCUCCCUCUCUCCGCUCUCGUGUCUUGCGAGGCGGGAUAGACCAGCAGGCGGCUACGGGCUCGCGCUCGCUCGCUGCCCAGGUUGUCAAGGCGCUCGUGAUUUUUUUUUAUUCUCUUCGUCGCGAGUGGACGGUGACAGCUCGUCUCGCUCACGUGUUGGACUGAGCUUUGUUUAUCGGGUUUGUUUUGUCUUUGCUCGGAUAUAUAUUUUUGUGGGGUUUUUUUGAGUCAUUGACGGACUCCCAGCAGCCCAUUUGCCAACCUCGUGCUGAACCCUGCCUGCUCAAACACCGUGACUCCAAACUGACAGACAGGGGGGAAAAGUGGACAGAUAAACCAAUAGGAGGCCAAAGGAGGAACUUCCCUGUUGUAGAGUGGCAGCCAGAGUUAAAGAAGAAGAGCACAUGAGGAGCGGAAGCAACGUGGCAUCAACAUCCUGACCGGUAACCUUGCUUCUGCACCCCACCACGUGCCCGGCAACUCCAGAAGUGACCGUCAGCAGGAAGGAAACAAGUGACCACUCCUCCUGCAGGCAUGAGGUCCUUUCGUUCCUUCAGUAACGAUGACCGCCACGUCAUGGCGAAACACUCCACCAUCUACCCCUCCUCUCAAGAGCUGGAAGCAGUUCAGACACUGGUAUCCACUGUCGAGUGUGCCCUCAAACAUGUCUCUGAUUGGCUGGAUCAGAGCAGCUGCGAAGUCCACAACCAGUUUGACAGCCAACCAGCAGACAGCACAGAGGAGGACGACCCUGGUGUUGAGCCCAGCGAAGAAACUGAGGAGUCAAGUGAUUGCUACAGGGAGUCCAGCGGUGGCGGCUUGUUGUGUGGAGUGAUGAGGAUCGGCCUAGUGGCCAAAGGACUCCUGAUCAAAGGCGACAUGGACCUGGAGCUGGUGCUGAUGUGCAGAGACAAACCCACACAGACAUUGCUGGACACUGUCUGUCACAAUUUACCCACACAGAUUGAGAAGCUGACAGAAGAGAAAUAUGAGGUCACAAGCUCGUUGCCUGAGGCGGCCAUCUUGGUAAAAACGACAACAGAGCCUAAACUCACUUUGAAGAUUACCCUCACCUCACCGGCCAUGAGGGAAGAUGACGAGGAAGAAGAGGAGGAGGAGGAAUUGGAGGAGGAAGAGCAGGAGCUGGAGAAUGGGGAAGAAGGAGAAGAGGUGCUGGAUAGACACAGAUGUCUGUUGGCCCUGGCAGCGCUGCGACACGCCAAGUGGUUCCAGGCUCGAGUGAAUGGACUCAAGUCCUGCGUUAUCGUUCUCAGGAUACUAAGGGAUAUGUGCAAUAGACAUCCCAUCUGGGAACCUCUGAAGGGAUGGCCCUUGGAGCUUAUCUGUGAGAAAGCCAUUGCCACCUGCAACAGACCCCUUGGGGCAGGAGAAGCGCUGCGCAGAGUCAUGGAGUGUCUGGCCUCAGGCAUACUGCUCCCAGGAGGCCCAGGUUUACACGACCCGUGUGAGAAAGAGCCAACAAACACACUCGCCAGCAUGACUGACCAGCAGGCUGAGGACAUUACCUUCAGUGCACAGCAUGCUCUCAGGCUCAUGGCGUUCGGACAGAUCUACAAGGUGUUAGAGAUGGAGCCUCUUCCCUCAAAUAAACCAUCGCAGAAAUAUCCGUGGUCUGAUAAAGAAGGGUUAGGUUUGAAGAGGCCAUAUGAUGAUGGAGCAAUGGAUGACAAGGACCUCAUCAAGAAGAUGAAGAGGAAUCUAAGAAAAGUCCUGGACAGUAAAGCCAUAGACUCCAACCAACCAAUGAACGCCCUGAUGCGGCUGAACCAGAUCCGACCAGGGCUGCAGUACCGCCUGCUGUCCCAGUCAGGGCCGGUUCAUGCUCCAGUCUUCACCAUGUCUGUGGACCUAGAUGGAACAGUUUACGAAGCCUCUGGAUCCUCUAAGAAGACUGCAAAGCUUCACGUUGCAGUCAAGGUUCUCCAGGCAAUGGGCUACCCGACUGGAUUUGACUCAGACCUGGACCCCAUGAGUUCAGACGAGAAGUCGGACAGUGAGGGGAAGAGCGAGACCUCCUCGCACACUAGCAAUAACCCAACACACUCCUCGGACAGUUCCAACACGCUUGAGGUGCGAACUCAGGGUCCCAUACUGACAGCGAGUGGGAAGAAUCCUGUCAUGGAGCUAAACGAGAAGAGAAGAGGCCUCAAAUAUGAGCUCAUCUCUGAGAGUGGAGGCAGCCACGACAAACGCUUUGUUAUGGAGGUGGAGGUCGACGGGCAGAAAUUUCGUGGGGCAGGCCCCAACAAAAAGGUAGCAAAGGCCAGCGCUGCCCUAGCAGCUCUGGAAAAACUCUUCUCUGGUCCCAACGCAGCUGCAAACAAGAAGAAGAAGAUAUUGCCUCAAACCAAAGGAGCCCUGGCAGCAGCAGCAGCAGCCUCAGCAGUAGCAGCUCAGGUUGCCAGAGGAAGAGGAAGAGCGGCCCUAGCAAGAGGAGCCUUCGUCAGUGCAGCUGCACCUGGAUAUGUCACUCCAGGCUUUGGGACACCGUAUGGCUACAGCCCUGCUGCAGCAGCUGCUCCUGCGUACGGUUUGCCCAAGAGAAUGCUUCUGUUGCCUGUCAUGAAAGUGCCCGCCUACCCCGUCCCCCACUACCACUUCUUUUAGCAUAAGAGACACGCCAUACCAAAAUGCACCUAGGUUUUCUGUAGAAGGGAGACAGUUUUUUUUCUUGUUCUUUUUUACAGUAUGACGAAGGGGAAAGGAUUAAGGACUUGAGCUGAAGAUUUGUAAAAGUGCUUUUUUGCUUAUUUUAUAUUGUUUUUGGUUCCAAAAACUUUUAUGAAUAUUAAAAACCCUGCAGGUUUUAAGUUCUUAAGAUAUAAAAACAUUUAAAAACUUGAAGGAUUUGUACUGUGAAUUGUUACCUCAUUCUAUGAGUCUAAAUAGUAAUAUAUCUAUCGAUCCAUAUUUCUAUCGAUAUAUAUAUAUAUAUAUUUAGCCUUUUGUUAUUUUGUUCUUUCCUUGCUAAAGACGAUGAUAUCCUUUGCAAUAUGACACACACAUCACACAUAUUCUGUGUACAAAGAAAAUAAUGUGAGUGGUGUGAAAGUUGUAUAGGAAUAAAUCAUCAAUGCUGCAAAAUAAAGUUUAUCUUCAA